GCGUGUGCUGCGUCGUCUUCGCAGGCUUCCUGGAGAGAAGGCGGCCCCGAGCUGCGGCCGCUGCGAUCUGCGUGGUGGUGGGGCGUGCUGCCGCCUCUGUUCUUCGCUCAGCCCACUCUGCCUCACCACCACCAUCAGCAAGCAAGCAACGCACGCCAUGGCGCCGCGCCUCCAGGUCCUCGUCGGGCCCGACCGCUUCCACAUGGAGCCGGCGCGCCUCAACGACCAGCGCAGGCCCCACGAGAUCGACACGGAGCACUUCGUCGGGCGCGUGCUCGUGCGCAUCAAGGAUGCGCCGGGCGCGCGCGAGGGCGAGGAGGGCAGGGAGUACUUCCGCGACCGCUCGCGCCGCUUCUGCAUCCAGAUCGAGGGCCGCUUCAAGAAGCCGUGGAACGGCAACGAGGUGCUCUUCGGCACGGACUUUGAGUACCUGCCCAAGGAGUUCCCGCGUGCGCCGUUCAACGCCGGCAUGCGCAUUGCCAAGAUGAUCGACCCCUGCACCUUCUACGAGGAGAAGCCGCCGUCGGGACGGCCUUACAUCAUGUCAGCGUAUGCGGCAUGCAUGAACACGCUCUGCGCCUGGCCCGCUCCGUCGCGCGCCAACGACGCGGUCAUUGUGCUGCGGCACCCGUCUGGUAACGCGUCGGGCACGCACACGCCUUCCUCUCCGCGUACCGACGACGACGACGACGAUGGCGACGUGGUGCCGCAGGAGUCGCUGGCCGAGUCGGCGGGCAAGGAGGCGCCCAAGAAGCGCGGCUGGUUCGGCAUGGGCGGUCCGCCAAAGGAGCAGCGCGUCCGCAAGAAGUACUGGAGCUUCAUUGGCUUUGCCGACGAGGCGCCCGUGCGUGCGCUGCUCGAGGCGCACCACGCACACCUCAACCCGUCGCGCCCGCGCUCGCCAGCGAUCAGCGGUGUGCAGCGCACCGGCACGGCGGCGUCGACGAGCAGCAAUGCCUCGUCGCUGGCGCCGCCGCCGGGUGCUGGCGAAGUGCAGCACGGCCACGAGGCGUCGCACCCGACGCUGUCGCGGCUCGGCACCUUCACGCGCUCGGCAGCGCAGAAGGUAAAGAACAAGCUCACGGACGGCAGCGAGGAUGACCACGAGCACGAGCACGAGCACGAGCACGGCUCGUCGACGCCACCGAUGGGCACGGUGCGUCUGCCGACCGAGGCCGAGGCGAGCGAGCUGGACGAGGAGCACCGCAGCAAGGAGCCGGCGCCGGAGAUGCCGCCGCUGCAGCGCAUCACGACGGACCUUCGGCGCGACGCCGAGGCUGCGGCUGCCUCUGACGGCCUGCGCGAAACCGACUUUGACCUGGCGGGCGAGCGCGUGGCGCGCAAGGCGAGCGUGCGGAAGGACGAGGGUGCUUCGGAGUGGCAGAGCAAGCUCGACGACCAGCUCGGGCCGUGGCGGUGGGGCAAUCCGAAAGUCGACGCCGUCGAGGACAACUCGUUCGUCUUCAUCAACAAGAACGUCAGCACGGCUCGCCGGCGCAAGCACUUUGCCAGCGAGGAGGCGCGCAUCAAGCAUGUGUGGAACCCGGACGUGGUCUACGGCGCUACGUUCUUCACAGACGCGUUCGACAUGAACUCCUUCCAGCUAGGACUUGGUCCGGUGUCGAUGUCCCUCCGACGUUUCUUCACCGAUAUGCCGAUCCGCUACACGCUGCGCGCAGCCGGUGCCGAGGAGACGACAUUCUGCACCGUCAGCUUCCAGAUCGUCGACGACUAGACGUGCGCGUCUCCUCCUCCCCUUGCUCUCUGCUUCUGCUGGCCUUGCUCUCUCCCCCCUUCUGCGCUCCGCUGCCACGCAGCGUCUGCAGCGCGCAUACCCCUCCCUUCGCCUAUCUACACGCUCCGGAAUCGCAUCUACAUCACAGCCA